AGAUCUGGUCCUCACUUAUUUUAAGUAUCUAAGGGCCUCUGUAUUAUUCUCCAUCCAUUCCUUUUGCCAUUUUCUUCUUCCUCACCUUUUUUGUUGCUUAGUUUGGCAAAUUAUGGCACCCAUUAAAGUCCAUGGAACUCCUAUGUCCACAGCUGCAAGGCGGGUUCUGGCAUGCCUCUUCGAGAAAGACAUCGAGUUCGACUUUGUUACUGUUGACAUGAAAGCUGGUGAACAUAAAAACGAACCCUUCAUUUCUCUCAACCCAUUUGGACAAGUUCCAGCCUUCGAGGAUGGAGAUCUAACGCUUUUUGAAUCAAGGGCAAUUACCCAAUACCUUGCUCUCCAGUAUGCAAACAAGGGAACAAACCUGGUAUACGAGGACUUGAAGAAGGAAGCAAUCUUAUUGGUGUGGAAAGAAGUGGAGGCUCAUCAGUUCGACCCACCAGCAUCCAAACUGACAUGGGAGUUAGCACUCAAGCCCUUUUUUGGAAUGGCAACAGAUCAGGCAAUAGUUGAGGAAAAUAUGGCUAAACUUGGAAAAGUUCUUGAUGUGUAUGAGGCUCGGCUGGCUAAGUCAAAGUACAUGGCUGGUGACUCCUUCACAUUGGUCGAUUUGCACCACCUCCCUAAUAUCCAAUACCUGAUGGGGACAAGUGCUAAGGAGCUCUUCCAGUCUCGCCCCCAUGUCAGUGCCUGGGUCGCUGAUAUUACAGUUAGGCCCGCUUGGGCCAAGGUCCUUGCCAUGAAGUAAACAAAACUAAGGACUUUUGCCAAUAUAGUGUUAUGGAUCGGCUACUUAAUUAUCUAGUAUGAAUAAGGGAUUUCCUCUCUGUAUAUUCAAUCUUCUAUGCGAAGAUUGAUCCUAAGUUAGCUGUUUUGGAACUUUUGGUGUUGUUAUCAGUUGCUUCUUUAGUUUAGUAUCUCUGUGAUUCUAUCUUCAAUUUCAUGGCAGAAGGCAUUUCGUUUUUCUUUACAA